UCUGUUAAAAUUUUUAUAGUUAUCUAUUUUAUUUUUUAAAUCCACAAAAGUGACAGAACGCUCCAAAAAGUUUUACAGUGUUUUAUCACUUACGAUCAGCUGACAACCAUCCUAUAUAUGUACCUACAAAUAUAUAUGUUCAGAGAAAUAUUUUUGACAAGAUAUAGCUGUAUAUUAUAUGCAACGUACUCAAAUAAACCAUCAUAAAAAGUAAAUCAGUUUAAUAAUAAAUAAUGGAAAUAUAUAAAAAGUAAUGAGUAUUUUUAAAUCUUCACAAUGAAACUAUUCUGUAAAAUUAACCGGAAGUUUUUCCAUUUGAACACCACACAAUACCACGUCAGUUAUUUCAUGUUGUAGUGAGUGAUUCAGUUAAUUUGUACAUUGGGUAUUUAAAUGUAGAUAAAUUUUUUAUAACCGCCUUUUUAUUUAAUCAUUAUUUUACUAGACUAUUAUAAAAUUAAAUUAUAUUAAAAUAAAAUAAUAAUAACAAAAAAUGACUAUAUAUGCACUGUGUAGACACUAGGUUAUAUAUAUUUUUAACAUGACUUUUUGGUCAAAAAGAUGAGGCUUCAUCACAACAAUUGGAUUAUUUUCAUCAUCUUUAUAGCAAAUAAUUUCUUGUUCAAUAACGUAGCCACUAAAGAUACUCCAAAUUCGCGACUUGAAAAUGAUCACGGUUAUGGGAUAGUCAAGAAUGUUUCUUCAAGUGACACUGGCCAAAGUAAACGAGAAACAUUAGAAUCUUUCCUAAUUUCUAAAAUUGAACUACCUGCUCAUGACAAGACUGAUGAAAGACAACAUAACUUUGUGGAGAAUAAUAAUCUCAAUAAAGCUGAUGAUGCUUUUCGAAAUGAAGAAACUACUCAGACGAAAAAUUUAGAUAUCAAAGAGAGUUUGACUCAACAGCCAAACCUAUCUCAAGGCAUUUCUGAUCCUGACCAAGAUGUAGUAUUGACGCUUAUUGACACAGCUUCGACAGAGCUUCAUAGUAUAGCUGAACCUCAUCUUUCAUCGAACCACGGGCAAGCAUCAACAAACAACUUUUCUCAAUCUAUAGUGUCUUCAGACUUUGAAUCUUCCGUUGAAGAUCCAGAAAAAUUGAAAAUUUCAACAGGCUCACCUGUUAAUUUAAUCGCAGAUGAGAAUAUUAUUAAUUUUGAUGAAUCUUUAUCGACAGAACAAUCAACAGAAUUUCAAAAUGAUGAAAUCCAGAGCCAGUUUUUACAAGAUCACAAGAAUUUACCAAAUGAUAGUGAGAAAAUAAGAAAAACUACCGAAGAGCUUUCUGCUUCUGGAGAACUUGAAGAAAGUACUACUCAAACGACGCUUCUUCCAGGAAGCUCUGAAGAAUCCGGUACAGUGAGUUUAGAUGGUUUCGUCGGAUCAGAUGAUUCUGAAAAUCAUGAAGAUAUUCCAUCAUACAAUGAAUGGACUCAGAAAAAAAUGGAAGAGGACGAAAAGAAAAAAACUCAUCCAAACAUAUCAAUACAAAAUCUUGGCACACCAAAUCGCAGUGUUGGAAGUAUGAAAGUUAGGUCUAAAAAUUAUGCAUCACUUGAUUGUGGUGCUAAAGUAGCUGGUUCUAAUAGCGGAGCACAAGGUGCACGAAAUGUUUUAGUAUCUACAAGAGACGAAUAUAUGCUUAAUCCUUGUACUUCCAAAGUUUGGUUUGUAGUUGAACUUUGUGAGGCUAUUCAAGCGAAAAAAAUAGAGCUAGCCAACUUUGAACUUUUUAGUUCAUCACCAAAAAAUUUUUCAGUGUUUAUAAGUAAAAACCCAACAAAAGACUGGAGUCCUGUAGGACAAUUCAUUGCUAAAGAUGAAAGAGAUAUUCAAUCAUUUUAUCUUCAGCCUCAGCUUUUUGGAAAAUUUAUUAAAGUUGAACUACACUCUCAUUACGGUAGUGAACAUUUUUGUCCAAUUUCAUUGUUUAGGGCCUAUGGAAUUAGUGAAUUUGAAGUAUUAGAAACAGAGACAGAAACAAAAGAUAUUUAUUACGAUGAUGAAAAACUUGAUGAUGAUGAAGAUGAAGAGGAUAGUGAAGAUGAUGAUAUGAUCAACAGUGAUGAUGGGGAGAUUUAUAAUGUUAUUAAUAAUAACAAUAAUAAUGAAAACAUUAUUAAUAAUCAUGAUGGUAAUGAAUCCAAAAAUCUUUUUGGAAGUGCUCGGGAUGCUGUUAUUAGUAUUGUAAAAAAAGCUGCUGAAGUUUUAGUAAAAACAGAAAAUUUCUCUGUAAAUAAUAAUAAUACAAAAACUCAAACUGAUAUCGUAAAUGACAUCGAUGAUACGUUUAUAGAUUGUAUAACACCAAGGUACACAAUUUUGUGUAACAAUUGUACAGAAAACUAUUUUGAUAAAGUAUUUGAACUUAUUAGUUGUCGAUUUAAAUAUCUUGAUUCGAUUCUUAAAAUAACUUUAAUCAAUCAAGCUAUAUCCGAAACUGAGGUAUGUGGAUUCAAUGGAGUGAAUUUCAAUUUUAAUCGAGAUGAUUCAAUUGUAAGAAAGAAGACUAAGAAUUUUAAUGUUUCUAAAAGUCGAUCUACUUCGUUGCUAAUAUCAAUUUUUAAGCCUGAAUAUAUUGUUGCUCUGUGUAAUAUUUUUGCGAUAAACGAACAAAAACUUCCUUUGAAUUCUACUUUUGUUGUCUCAAAUAAUUUAUCGAUAAACAAUGUUACACCCGAAAUAGCUUCUUUGUCAUCAGAAUCGUUAACCAGCGUGAAUAAAAUUUCAAAUUUAUGUACUCUAGAUUCUACAAAUUGUAAAUCGACUGUUACUCACUCCAAAGAACCUCAAUGUCAUUCGCAAGGGCCAUUUAUAAAAGAUGAUAUUUUUACGACAGACAUUAAAAAUUCUAAAGUUGUCAACCCGUCAGGAACAAUAGCCGUCAACGAAAAAGAAAUUUUGCUAAUUACACCUACUAAAACUUUGAUUGAUGAUAAUUCUGAAAAAAAGUCUCCAAUUACAAUCCUAGAACCAAGCAAAAGUCUUGCAGAAGAAACUGUACAAUCAGAAAGUAUAAUUUCUACUCCAUUAACAAAUUCUGAUGUUGGAACGUCGAAAGUUUUUGAAGAGCUAUCGUUAACAGAUGCAUCAAUUGAAUCGGCAUCACAGACCCUUAGUUCAUCAGUUGUGAAAAAUCAAGAGAAUAAUUACAAGUCAAUGACAGCAAACAAUGAUAAAGAAAAUAUAAUAAUUAAUAGUAAAAGUAUAACUAAAAUUUCAGAAGAAAAAGAUGGUAAGUCAAAAGAAAGAGAUCAAGAAGAUAUAAAAUUAACUCUUCAAGAACAACUUAGUCUAGACACUCUUCUUUUGGAUUUAAAAGCUUUAGAAAAUGAUCCUUCGAUUCAAGGAUCUACUGCAUUCACUGUGAUUCAACCAGUAGCUAGCUCAACUCCUCAACAAAAGGAAUCUGUUUUCUUAAGAUUGUCAAAUAGAAUUAAGACUUUAGAACGAAAUAUGUCGUUAUCAGCCCAAUAUUUAGAAGAGUUAAGCCGUCGUUAUAAAAAACAGGUUGAAGAAAUGCAACGAUCACUUGAACGGGCUACUACUACGAUAGGUGAAGAAUUAAAAAAAAAUGAAGAAAAAGAAUUGAAACGUUUAGAAGAAAUUACUCUUCUUCGAGAAGAAAUUUUGAGCUUAACUGAAUCUGUAGAAACGCUUUUAUAUGAUAAAAGUAGUUGGAAGAAUAAACUAUUAAUUUUUGGGCAACAUAUUGUUUUAAUUUUUGUUGAAAUCACUAUUCUUAUUAUAAUUAUAAUACUUUGCCGAAAACCAAGUGAUAUAAAAGAUGUUACAAUUAAAACAAAUGAUUUAAAUAAAGGGAUAACAAGAAGAAAAAGUGCUGAAUUAAUAACAGCAGGUUAUACUAAUAAAAAAUGUAGAAGACCAAGUGAAAUUGUUUCGCGUAUCAAAGGGAGCUAUCGAGACCUGAUGAUUGAUGAACGGUUGGAUACAAGGAAAGAACGAAAAAAGAAAAGAAGAAGAGAUUCUGCAAUAAGAUCAUCGUCCAAUAUCGAAAUUAACAAAAGUGCUAUACCAAAAACAGUUCUCCCAAAACAAUCUUUAUCAAUAAAUUGUUCUAAUUUCGAAGACUCGAAUGUUCAUCAAAUAAAAACAGUUGAUAUGUCAUCAGAUACUGAUGGCACUCCAUUAAAAAAUCAACUGUCAAUUAAUAAUAGUGAUCGUUCUGUAAGUAAUAUAUUAAAACAUCGGAUAGUUGUAGAUGAAAUUGACAGUACAUCUUUAGGCAAAAUUGUAAAUAAUUCUGUUAGUAGUCAAGAUUCGCCUGGUAUUUAUAGCGAUUUCGAACAUGAAAAUACGAAAAAUUCACCAAGAGGCUUAAGAAUUUUAAAAACAGCUAAAUUUCAUUCUCCGUAUUUCAUGAAAACGGCUUUUCAAUCUCGAAGUAAAAAAGAUAAAUUAGAACAUCAUAAUUUGCAGUCUGUUCAAUUUAUAUCUGAUAAUUGGGAAAAAUAUUCUCGAACUUCGGGAAGCUCAAGAUCAGGUCAGGAUAGUCCAUCAAGUUUGAGUGCAUUUUCGGAUUUGUUAUCUGUUAAUUUAAAUAAUCACAAUGUCAAUGGAGACUCUGCUAAAAAUAAUGGAAGUAAUAUCACAAGCUCUUCUGUUAAUGGUCACAUAACACCGACUUCUGAUGUUAAAAUAAAAAAAGAAGGAAGUCUGAGAAAAAUAGUUAAAAAAUUAUUUUGAUUUAUUAACAGUUACGCGAUUCAAUAAAUUAACAAGUGAAAUCAUUUGGAUUUUAAGUACUUACAACAAAUAUUUGUAAAUAAUGUACAAAUUUAUUACGUGUACAGAUAUUGCAUGAAUUAACCAACAGAAUUAGAAAUUAAAUUUUGACUUGGUACACGUGAAACUUUUGAAAAUAUUGUAACAGAAUAUCUAUCUCUUAAAUGGACAAAAUUAACAUCUAUUAAAGCUACACAUCUUAUAACAGAUUUCUUACUUAACGUCUAAAUGAUUUAUAAAGUUAAUUAUUUUGAAUACAUUUCACGUGGUAUAAUAUUUUAUGUAAAUUUGCAACUUAUUUGUGGCAUUUUUAUAUUUAUUUAUAAUUAUAAUUAUAAUAGGAAAAUAACAAAAAGAUUUUCAUUUUAAAAUGAUAUGAAAUAAUUACAUAGAUUAGAUAGGAAUAAAUUGACUUAUCGAUACAGUAAAUUUAAUGAUUAUAAAAAUGUUUACCAAAGAAAAAAUUUUAAUUGAAAUAUUUGAUAUCAACUCGAUUAAUUGUAUAUUUCCUCGCGUAGGUACCAACAUCUUUGUUGAGAAUUGUUUUACAUAUUUUUGGAUCAAUCAUCUGGUCUUAUGCUUUUUUGAAAUAACUUGUUGUAAUAACUGAAAUUUCAAACUUUUCUUUCUAAGUAUUUUCGAACGAAAAAAAAAAGUAGUUACCAUUAUAGAAUACAAAAAAGAUAAAGAUUCAGAUAAUUAGAAAGUACUCAUAUCAAAAUUAGGAACUUGAAAUAAAUUUAGUAAAUUUUUAUUUAUUAAGUGUUCAACUUAGUUUUAAAGAUUCUUAUUCAAUAACGAAAAAUCAAGUGUCUAAACUUUUAAUUUAUAUUUUUAUUUAUAUAAUUUAUAUUACUGCGUUUGAA